ACUAAAACUCCCGUGAUGCACUGCGGGGACGUGCGUAUGACGCUGUACGUUUCAGCGGGAGACUAAGCGAGAGAAGGAAAAACAAACGGCAUUAGGAUGCAGAGAAUGAGCCGGUUAAAACGAGAACUUCAGCUUCUGAACACAGAACCACCUCCUGGAAUCCAGUGCAGCGUCAGUGAGGAGAACCUGGAUAAAAUACAGGCCCAGAUCAUUGGACGUUCUAGCACACCGUAUGAAGGUGGAGUUUUCCAGCUGGAGAUAAAAAUACCUGACAGAUAUCCAUUCGAACCUCCUCAGAUUCGCUUCCUAACACCUAUCUAUCACCCAAACAUUGACACAGCUGGACGCAUCUGUCUGGAUGCUCUAAAAAUGCCACCCAAGGGCGCCUGGAGACCUUCUCUGAAUAUCUCCACUGUGCUGAGCUCCAUCCAGCUCCUUAUGGCUGAACCCAACCCAGAUGACCCGCUGAUGGCUGAUAUUUCUUCUGAGUUUAAAUACAACAAAGCAGUUUAUUUGGAAAAGGCUCGAAAAUGGACAUCAAAAUACGCAACACAGAAGAACAAGGGCGAUGUGGAGGCAGAGCAGAAGGUUCCUGAAGAUGGAGGCAGUAAAACUUCACGGAAGAGAGAAGCACUUUCUGCUCAGGAGAAUCUGGAGCAGCCGAAGAGAGUUUGUCUAUAGUUUAAUUCAUAAAUGUCUGGUUUGAUCGCUGUAGAUUGUCAUCUGCUGUUUGUGUAUGUACAUAAUUUGUUUUAAGCUGAAAACAUUUAAUAAAAUUACAGAAUUAAAAAGGGU